AUGCGGCUCGCAACGGCGCCCGGUAACGAUCCCAGCGAGGAGUGCUGGCAACCAUUGGUGGACGCCUCAGACGAACACUACAUCAGGGCCUUCAAGUCCUUCAGCAGCUUUAUUGCCGUUGAAGAGCGCAUUGAUGGGCUGGACCACGUACGCCUGAUCGGUAAGUCGGGUGAGUCCAUCUACGUGCAGUUCCCCGAGUCGGCCUACACCGUUGGCCUAGACACCAACCCGGAAUUCCAGACGGACAACUUGCGUCUCGAGUACUCGUCGAUGGUGACUCCUACAACAGUGUUCGACUAUCAGGUCGAAUCUGCCGAACUAGAGAUUAGAGGUUCGGAAAGUGCAACGGAUCCCCAGCGGCUACGAUGCCUCGGACUCAUCUGUACCUCUACGGCUACGGCGCUUAUGGCCUCUCUAUCCGCUAUUCCGCCGUCUUUUUCCACCACGCGGCUUUCGCUGCUCGACCGGGGGUUCAUCUUCGCCAUUGCGCACAUCCGCGGCGGAGACGACCUGGGAUACCACUGGUACGAAGCCGGCAAGCUGGACAGGCGAACCAACACUUUCAACGACUUCGUGGACGCGGCCAGAUACCUCGUGCAGGAAGGAUAUGGCUCGGAGGGACACAUCGCAAUCGCCGGGGGUAGCGCCGGCGGCCAGCUCAUGGGGGCUGUCGUUAACCAGGCCCCGGAACUGUGGGGCGCAGUCGCCGCCCACGUGCCGUUCGUCGACGCGCUCAACACGAUGCUUGACGACACCCUGCCGCUCACACCCAUCGAGUGGCCCGAGUGGGGCAACCCCAUUGAGGACAAGGACGCCUUUGACUGCAUUCGGUCCUAUUCCCCGUAUGACCAAUUGAUGCCCCGCGACUAUCCUCCGAUAUUGGUGACUGCGGGAUUGAACGAUCCCAGGGUGACCUACUGGGAGCCCGCCAAAUCCGGCAGGUACGACCGGCUGUACGAGGUGGCGGAGGAGUACGCUUUCAUGCUGACCAGCAUGGGGCUGUCGCAAUAA